AUGCCGCGAUUGUCAGCGACACUCCAGGCUCCAGAUCACCCGAUCGCGCUGCAGCCCACCCACCUCCUGGCCUCGAUGCCGGAUCUGCAGACCGACUCAGCGACCACACUCAUUAUUACUCGGGGGAACACGCUAUUUGGGCCGGAUUACUUAGUAAACCAGCUGCGGUGGCACAAGUCUCCACACUCGCGACAGCGGCAGUCGCUACUGUUUACCGUGAACAGCAAGUUCUGGCGCAAAUCGCAACACCGAAUAAUCCGAGACGCGUCAGGACGGCCGCUACUGGAGCUACGGCGACAGUGGCGGCAGCGGAUCUGGAGGGUUAUGCAGGCUGGAGGGGGUGGGGACGAGCUUCUGAGCGCGAACAUGAGCUGUGCGCUUGAGAUGAAAAUGUUGAUGCAAGUGACAAAUGCACUAUUAGCUGCGAGUCACCUAGACGAGAGUCAUCAGCAGCAGCUCCAGCAGCACGCGCAAUUCCAAGCCAGUCGGCGUCCUGUAGCAAGUCAGAGGCCAGCAAACCGCACCCUUCCGCCACAGGAGCAAGCCCCACCGCCGUAUAGCGCCGUGAUCGCCGGUAACACUAGCGACUACUUCGCAAGCAGUAACAAUAGCAACACGAGGGGCCUGGCUAUGGACGACAACAGCUUACUAUCCUUGGAUGAUGAAGAUGACACCAGCACAUCGCCACCAUCUUAUGAGUCUAUACGGCCCUGCCCGAGCCAUUCCCUACAAGAUUUGCUAGACGCAGUGGAGGCGCCACGGGAGCCAGCGCCAUCACCCUUCUAUGAUUUCCCGCCGGGGAGAUGGCACACGGGAGCGGCAGUAAAUAAGCAAGAAGAGCUAGAGGUGCUACGGCUUAGCAACACAGUGACGACGGUGAUGAUGGGGGAUCGGACCAUUAUCGGGAUUCGACGCGGGAAGAUGAUGAAUUAUCAUAGCCUAUCGGGGGCUUUGCCGCGGUGGGAGGUGCAGAUUGCGGAGGGCGUGGAUUUAUUACUGGUAAGUUUCCUGCUAGUCCUGAAUCCGACGACAUACCUUAAUCGGCUGCCCACAUCUCACUUGAGACGCGGGGCCAGGCGGUAUUUUGUACCCGAUAUAGAGCUGAUCCAAGGCUAA